CGGUUCCUGCGUGUUUUUUCUUUAACUAGUUGACACCAGCUGGAGAACACAGAUGCAUCCACUGCCCUGCAUCACAUACGGGGUUUGCGUUACAAUAUAGACAGACUCACACGUGCACGCGUUUGCCAGACAGCAUCCCGCUCCGUCAUUUUUACGCAUUGCAUUGCUAUUUGGAAUGUGCUGUUUUCUUGUAAGCGCCGUUUCCAUGCCAGCAUGGGAACUGCGGUGUCCAAAAGGAAGAAUCUGAGGAAUGAUGCGAUUUCGUCGGUGGCAGCCAAAGUUAGAGCAGCCCGUGCAUUUGGAGAUUAUCUUCACACCCAUCCUGAGAACCGCAACGGAUCAGAUCAUUUACUCUCUGACACCCUCGUUGGCCACGAUUCUGACUGCCCAGAAAGCCUGUGCACUCAGAACAACAACCAUCAUAGCUACACUCUUCAGGGCUCCACUCUCUGUGCCAAACCCAGUCUGAUCAACCCUGCCCUGGGUCUCCUGGAACCUCCAACUCCAACGGUGACCUCCAAAAGCCGUCUGUCCCUAGAGCGGAGUUUCUCGGCAGAGGAGGACCAGCAGAAGUGCUUGGAGUGCUCACUGCAGCCUGCCCGCGUCUACACUAUCACCGGAGAGAGCGGCAUGCUGGGGACCAGCCGAGGGAGCAAGGAGAACCUGGAGCUUGACGUACUGAAAGAUGCGCUGGAGGCGUGUGACGCCCAAGCGCUCACCCAAACCUCCACUUCCUCCAACUCCUCGUCUCCGACGCAGUACCACCGCCGCCAUGGAGGUGGAGGUACGAGUGGCAACCAGCACCGUGGCAACCACCACCAUGGCAACCACCAUUACAUCAGCAGCAGCGGAGACAGAAGCGGGGCCACCAACCACAACCAGGAACUGGCAAGCGCCGCGGCAGCGUCCCACCAUCACCACGGAGCAACUCAUCACCACCAUCACCUUUCCCAACCGCUGCAGAGUUCAGUCAGCGCGCACAACAUCCGCGGAUGGGGGGAGGGAAAGGAUUGCGGCCUGGCGUGCGAGGGCUGUCCCGGGACGCCGUCACGCAGCCAGGGUUCGCUGGACCUGGAGAGCAGCACCCGAGAGGCAGAUGACAACAGUUGGUUACCUAAAGAGAACAUGUUCAGCUUUCAGACAGCUACUACAACCAUGCAGGCGAAUUUCCGGAAGCAUUUAAGAAUGGUCGGCAGCAGAAGAAUGAAAGCACAAACAUUUGCAGAACGCAGGGCGAAGAGUUUCAACCGAUCCUGGAGCGAUCCGACACCUGUCAAACAAGACUCCCUACACGACUCAAAAGACAGUGGAGAUUUGCAGACCACCUGCUGUACUCCGGACGAGGGAGGAUGUGAAGACAUGGACUGGGAGGAGGAGAGAGAGAUGGAGAGACUGGCGUGUGAGGGCGACGACUUCAUCCCACCUAAAAUUAUGCUGAUCUCAUCAAAAGUUCCCAAAGCAGAAUAUGUUCCCAACAUCAUUCGAAGGGGCGAUCCUUCUAUAAUACCGAUCCUAUAUGAUCACGAGCAUGCCACGUUUGACGAUAUUUUGGAAGAGAUUGAGAAGAGAUUGACGGCCUACAGAAAAGGCUCCAAGAUCUGGCGAAUGCUGAUUUUCUGUCAGGGCGGCCCGGGGCAUCUGUACCUGCUGAAGAAUAAAGUGGCCACUUUUGCCAAGGUCGAGAAAGAGGAAGACAUGAGCCAAUUUUGGAAACGAUUAAGCCGGUUUAUGAGUAAAGUGAAUCCAGAGCCGAACUUGAUCCACAUCAUGGGCUGCUACGUCCUGGGCAAUCCAAAUGGAGAGAAGCUGUUCCAGAAACUGAAGAACCUAAUGAGGCCUUAUUCUGUCACAUUCGAGUCGCCGCUGGAGCUCUCCGCUCAGGGGAAAGAGAUGAUCGAGAUGUACUUCGAUUUCCGUUUAUUCAGGCUUUGGAAAACUCGUCAGCACUCCAAACUCCUCGACUAUGAAGAUCUGUUGUGACCCCGCGCAGGUCACAGUGUACCAAUGCCAGCGGGACGUCCCACUGUAAACCUCCAUCUCACCAGCUUUCAUUCUGGAGAAAAGGAUCAGGAGAGAUGACAGACGCGGACACUGACUUCACUGCAUCUCGGACAUUAUCGGAGUCUACAGUAGAAAGUAACACCGAGAGACGAAAGCAAGCAGGUAUCAAACAGAUGGACUGAAACUAAAGUGUAAGGGAAGGAGGAUAUGAAGAAUGCCACAUCCGUCAAAAAUGAGAUAAUGAUAUUAGCCAAAUGCUCUCGCACGUAUUACACAUUCAUCAAAUACAGCCCAUUCAGAAAUACUGCUUUGUUGGCAAAAGUCUGAUAAAAAUGAAAACGCAUAUCAGACACGCACAGGGUUUUGCAUCUGAGCUCCUCAAAUGGUCUUUAACCUAUUGACAACAAACAGUACCCAACCGUUUUCAUUUUUACAGUAACAUUGCCCGCAACUAUCACUGAGAGUCCUGUGUGCAAUAUCAAGCCGUGUUUUAUGAAAUUAUACGAAUAAAAACAACAAAAAUGGUCAUACUGUAUAUGAAAUAAUAUAUCGGUAUACAUACAGGAUAUACAUUUCAUGAGUAUAUAGAGUAGCUGUAGUCAUAAAAUAAUCUAAAUAUCAAUGGUACACAGUUUACCGUGUCAAAGUUUAUUGUUGUGGUCUUUCUAUUGAACUUUUUUGAAUAACUCAGGUUUUUGCCUUUAUAAAAAUAUAAUAACUUCCCUAUCAAGAUGUGUUUGCCAUUUAAUGGAACGAAUGUGCUACUGUAUAUUUCAGUUAUGUUUUGGUUCAAUAUACGUGUCUCCUGAAUCAUAUGUGCACAUGCGCAUGGACCCAUGUAAUCAUACACAGUCCCCAUAUUGAGAAAUCAUAUGAUAAUAGAAACACUGACCUCAAUGUACUGUAGCCUGCACCAUGUGCACCUGAAGUAGUAAGAAGUCACAUGGUGUUACACAAAGAUUAUUUAUUUAAACACACCAUGCUCGUAAAAAUUACAAUAGGCAGUUUUUACAAAUGAUUCAAUUAUUUGGUCUGAACCAAACAGAUCUCAUCUCGCAUUGUGUUUUUUUUAUUGCUCCAAAGCGCAGUAUAUUAAUGUAAUCGUUGUGAAUGCCUCUGAGAGUACCGUGGUGAGCAGUCACGGCAGCUGGUUACUAAUGUAUCUAGCUAGAAAACAACUCAGGAAAACGUGUUGAAAUUCAACGUGCUAUUUAUUUCACUUUUCUGCUCAUUCCGUCUAAUUGGUUUUAUUAUCAAACGCACAAGCAGCACUUCAUUCAUUGCAAGAGAUGCUCGGUAUAGGGAUUUAUUUUUUUUAAUAUUACAAACAAAUCAAAAGUCAGCAAUAGUCAAGCUUUUUUGUUUUUAAGCAUUUUGAGAUCUUGAUAUAUCAAUUUGGAUUUGCACCGACUCCUUGCAAACUUUUUUGUCCCUAUUUGGUUUGAGCAUCUUGUGUGGUGGGUCAUAAAGGUGUAAUUUUGGAAAGUCACCGUUUCUUUAUGGGGCUAGAUGGUAUUUGGUGGCCAUACAAUGGUAGACGUGCCGAGCACUGAAUUUUAAGGCAGCUUGCGUGCGUAAACUCUAUGCAUUCUUCUUCCAUUAAGUUUUUGAGCAACCUGAGAUGUUUAUUUUCUUCUUAAUCAUUACGAAUGUGCUCAGCUUUAAAGCCAUAGACUCUUUAGCUACUGCUGCAGUGAGCUGCUGAGACUGAGAGAGUCUUUAAUGUGGAUGACCUGAGGCAUUUAUGAAUGAACUGAAGUUUGAAUGGAGUUUUUGCAUCUUUUCUUGUCUGGCUAAUGCUUUGUUAUUGUUCGGAAAAUGUGCGACUAAAUUUAGUCUCCAGAUAAGUGAAGCGGAGAAAAUACACAUAACAAGCUACUGUAUGCUGUAGCAACAUCUGCUCAAUGUCACUUAUAUUUUAACAAAUAUUUUAUUUUUAACAUAUUGCAAAAAAGCAAACACUCGUAGGACACAUUUAAAGGGACACUCCACUUUU